GUUGACGAAAACAUUUAAUGAUUGAAAUUUUAAUACGAGGAAAAAAUGGAACUAUUUCUUAGAAAAGCUAUUUCAUUAAUUUGUGUUUUGUGCGUAAUCACGGGAGUCAGAGGUGAAUAUGUACCGUGUAUGACUCCAAGUGGGCAUAAAGGCAACUGCAUACCACUAAUUGGAUGUCCAAGUCUAAGCAAACUCGCCAAUAACGCGCGUCGAACAUGGGAACAAACUGAUUAUCUACGGAACAGUCUAUGCGGACCGGUCAGCAACAAUCCUUUUAAUACGCAGGUAUGUUGUCCAGUGCAGAAACCACCGGCAUUGGGAGCAAGCGAAGCGUUGCCAGAAAUCGAAAGUCUCUGUCAGACACCCGACGGCAAAACUGGAAAUUGUGUACCUUUAAAGAGCUGCGGCGUCUUAUUGGAUCUUCUUAGAAAAACAAGCCUUACAAAUUCGCAGAUAUCACACCUGAAGAAGAGUAAAUGUGGAAAUGCUAAUGGACAAGUUUUGGUAUGUUGUCCCAAAACUGAGUCGACGACACAAACGGUACACCAAAAAACAAUAUCAAAAACAACACCACAGCGCAGCACAGCAAUAACGGUACACCCUAAAACAAUAUCAAAACCAACAGUACAUAUAGCCAUGAGCCCAAUGAGAAAUGAGUCUUGUCGUACACCGCAUCACAAACUUGGCGUUUGUAUAGAGAUCGAAGAAUGCCCCCCUUUGAAAAAGAUCAUUCUAAAAGACGCAAUUACGAAAAACGAAUACAACUUGUUAGUGAACAGCAAAUGCGGUGAAUAUGGCAGUCCAAAGAUAUGUUGUCCGCAACAAAGUGACGCUCCGUCAGCGCCUGGUAAAAUGUUAGCUCGAAAUUUUGUCUUCCCCGGCAGUGAGUGCAGAGCAGCUAAUGGCGUGCUUGGUAUAUGCAAAAUGUCUAGGUACUGCCCAAAUGCGAAUGAGUUCGAGCAGAAUAGUCAAUGCGGUUAUUUAGGUGGCGGUUCACAGAUAUGUUGUCCAAUAAAUAUGCUUGAAAAUGAUUUACGCUUUCCCACAACAACACAAAUAACGCGUUUGCCAAUAAGCACUACACCCUUGCCAGAAGUCUCCUGUCACACACCGACCAACAAACCUGGUAAAUGUAUAUCCAUAAAAAGCUGCAGUUCCUUACUCGAAAUUGUUACGAAACAAGACAGAACGCCUAUAGAAACUAUGUUCCUGCAGCAGAGUCAAUGUGGAUAUGAUAGUGGAGAGUUUAUGGUGUGUUGUCCUGAAACUAAGUCGACAACGCCAACUGCACUUCAUACAACACAAACAACAACACCAACACCUGUAACAAUAAGUCCGAUAACCUCAAGUGCACCAACACCAGUAACAAUAAGCCCGAUAACCUCGACAUUCGGUCCUAAUAUCGAACCACCAAAAGAAAAUACCAACAAGUGGACGAAUGAACCAGGUUGUGGCAGAGCACCUUUACAAAACCGAAUUUAUGGCGGAAAUGCUGUUCAUAUUGAUGAGUACACUUGGGCAGCGAGGAUAAUUUACGUUGACUCGGACAACAACAACGACAUAUUUUGCGGUGGCUCUCUUAUCAAUCAAAAUUACGUAUUGACUGCAGCACAUUGUGUGGUUAUGCCUGAAGAUAAAGACGUUUGGUAUGUAAAAGGAGUUCGUUUAGGCGAAUGGAAUGCCACAGCGGAAAAGGAUUGUGAAUAUUUUUCCAAAAACUAUGUACUUUGUGCUCCUCCGCCAGUGGAUAUAGACAUCUUAGAGUACAUAGUUCAUCCGAUGUAUAAUAAAAAAAAAUUUAACUAUGAUAUAGCUCUGUUGAAGCUAGAAGAGAGCGUAACUUACACGGACUUUAUAAAACCGAUAUGUCUACCAUCGUUGCCGGCAGAUCUACAAACGAUUAAUUAUGAAAAUAAGUCUGUGGAAGUCGUUGGUUGGGGCAAGACAGAAACCGGGGAGCACAGUGAAAUUAAAUUGAAAGCAAAUCUAAAAGUUAAGGAUAUCAAUAAAUGUGGCUUACGAAAAGGAGCAACAGAAAAUCAAAUAUGCGCCAAGGGUGAGAAAGGCACCGAUAGCUGUAACGGCGACUCAGGCGGACCUCUCAUGCUUUGGCAAGAAACAGCGUAUUAUUUGAUAGGCUUGAUAUCAUUCGGUUCAGGCGGUCAAUGUGGUGAUAUCCAAACUAACGGUAUUUACAUGAGUGUCGCGAACUUUAUGGAAUGGAUUGCAGAGAAUACACAAAAUCCUUGAUAGCAACAAUUGAGCAACAUUUUAAAGACUUUAAUUUCCAAUUACUAGGACAAGCACUUCCUGAGAUUUUGUUUCAAACAAAAGUUCAGCUUAGUUUUCGUAUAUGUAUAAUAAAUUGCUUAUUUAUUAUUUCGCUACUCGUAUCUAAUAUAUUAUAUGUAAAACAUGUUCUUUUUACUAAUAAAAGACCAAAGUUCUGUACAGAAAAGUAAAA